AUGUGGUUAUGGUGGAGCGAAUUGCCUCAUGAUAUGGAAGCAUUCGGCCCGUUUGGCUAUCAUUUCGAUCGGGGCUUGGGGCAACUCAAGGAUGGGCAACGGCGUGAAGAACCGCACAGGCAGGAUCGUUUUCCGAAUGUGCCAGGAGCGAAGAUCGAGAGCAAGCGCACCUUAGCCAACGAUGAGCUUUAUGUCGCGGAGCAGCUCGCAAAGGUCGUGGAAGGGGCCACGCCGGAGAAGACUCACACUGAGGUGGUCGGGGAUGACCGCUGGUGGAGUGCAAUUUUCCUACCGCUGCCCGCGCCGCGGCAGCUGUUGCCAGAGGUGCUGAUUGAUCAGAAGGGCUUGGCGUGGGGCUCAGCCAGCUCUCGCCGACCACUGCGACCGGCCAGUGUGAAGCUGACCUGCGAGGAGCUCGAGGAACUGGUGAGGGUGUGCAACUGCUUCGCACGCAUGGUGGAGCCACCAUACUUGGAGGCCGCGAAGCGACCGGAACGGGCGAUUUUUCGAUGGGUCCCCCUGGGCGUGCGUCAUACGGGAAACGAGGCUGACGAAGAGAGCCAAAGCGCAGCCCUCUUGACCAGGCAGUCGUUCUGUCAAUUGAUCCUGUCCAUGGGCCUCACAUCGAUGGAGAAAUGCAUGGAGCCACUGGGCCGGAAAGAAAGGCCACGCUACCAUCGCGCGUUGGAGUGCUUCGACGCAGAGGCCCAGAGUUGCGAGGUGCCGGGCAUCGCCCCCUAUGGACGACUGGUGAUGGCCGUGAGGCUGCCAGCUGUGCCCGAAAAGGCCGGGAGAGUGGCGGGUGGCUUGGCUGAAGACGAGUUGCUAAAGCGGCGCGCCCUCCGUAGCCCCAAGAAUUUCAAUACCUCACCACGCACAUCCUGCUCGCAUCUGGCUCUGUCUCAGCUCUGGGCGGAAGACCUGCGGAGGCUCUUUGGGCGGCUGCUGGAAGACUUGGCGACGAACCCCUUUUGGGAGGGCCAGGAGCGCUGGGACGUCCCAGGCUGUGGCGCGUUUGAGGCUGAAUUCGCGGGCUGGUUCCAGGAACCAGCCCCUCCUCUGCAGGAGAUGGCCGAGGCCUUGCCGCGAGCCAAGAAGUACUUCUUCUUCAAGAUGCUCCCAGCCGCCCAGGCCUAUGGAGAUGAGCGUCUUCAACUUCUCCAAAAGAAGGCCGGGCCAAUUGACACAUGCAAUGACACACUGACAAGCACAAGUUCAUUUUGUUCCCUGCCACGGGGUAGGAGUGGAAUCUGCAAAACCAUAAGACAUCGAUCCUUUGUGGAUGCAAAAGCGGUGAGCCACUUGCGGGGUGUGUCAGCAGGCUCAGCGACGACCCGCUCGAGCACCUCCCAUUUCACCCGGGUGCGGAGCCAAAGCGCGCCGACCGGGGAGGGUUCUGCUGGGGUGAAUGCAGAGACUGGAGUGAGAUCCAGUCAGGUGGAAGAAGUGCCGGGUGGGUUCCGACUCAGACUGGGGCAAAAAGGGGGCAGAGGGAUUUACUUUUUCCGCCGGCCUCAGCCAGAGCCUAGCAUGGAGCUGGAGGAGGAGGAGGAGGAGGAGGAAGUCCCCCUCCCUCCAGAGAUGGUUAAGGCAGAAUUCAUGCAAAACCAGCUGCUCGAGCCGGAGGUGGUGUGUUUUGUGGCCACUUUUUCAAGCCUCUUUCAGGUGCUGUUCGAGGCCUACUGCGACUUUCCUCAAGAGCCGCGGGGCUACGGCGGUCACAUGACCAUCUCAGCCUUCUUGAGGUUUUGCUUCGACUUUGGCCUUUUCUCUGUGAUUGACCUGCAAACCUUGCAGCGCUCCUACAACCUCUGCUCGGAAGACUUCAUCCCGGCGGAGCCGCAGCGACGGAAGCGGCGCACGAAAGGCUCAAAAAGAGAGGCCAACGGCGUUUUCUUUUGGAAUGGGCUUCAAGUGCCACAGCGAUUUGAGUGGCUGACCAAAGAGUUUGCACAGCAUGAGGCGGAGGAGGCCGCCUGUGCCGGCGUGCUCGGAGCGAUGCACGAUUGGAUGAAGGGGGUUGGCAGUCAUUUCCAUUCAUUCCUCCUGCCUGCCACGCAGUUGCGUUUCAGUCACCCGAGGAAGAUGGAGGAACGGAACUGGCAGGUCAUUGGCAGCCAUUCAGCUACGAAGCUCUGCCGUUGGACCAAAUCCAUGCUGCAGGGCAAAGGUGGUUGCUACAAGCACACCUUUUAUGGGAUCGCGUCGCACCAGUGUAUGGAGCACACGCCCAAUGUGGCUUGUGCAAACAAGUGCAUCUUUUGCUGGCGCAACCACAUCAACCCCGUGGCACUCGAUUGGAAGUUUGACACAGACGAUCCGGAAGAAAUCUUGGAAGAGUCCUUGCAGAAGCAUCUUCAGACCAUCGAACAACAAUGUUUGUCACCGAAUGCGUUAGAGCACCGAAAGGAGGAAGCUCGACAGGUUCGACAUUGCGCGCUGUCAUUGGUGGGUGAGCCGGUGGCAUACCCACGCAUCAAUGAAUUCCUUGCAGCCCUUCACCGUCGUCGGAUCUCCUCGUUUCUGGUGACGAACGGCCAGUUUCCGGAGGCCAUCUCUGCUUUGGAUCAGGUGACUCAGCUCUAUUUGUCCUGUGAUGGUGCAACUCCAGAGCAGCUGAAAACCGUGGGGCAGCCUUUGUUCAAGGAUUUCUGGGAGAGAUACUUGCAAUCGAUGGACAUCCUGGCAACCCGACCUGAACGCACGGUCUGUCGUUUGACCCUUUUGAGGGGUGAGAACAUGGCGGGACCUGCGCAGUGGGCUGAGCUGCUGCAGCGCGCCAAGCCGGACUUUGUUGAAGUGAAGGGGGUCACGAUGGCAGGACUCUUCGACAGCCAUGGCCUUGGAAUGAUGAACAUGCCCACACAUAUGGAGGUGAAGCAAUUCACCGAGGCGCUGGCCGAGCGGAUGCCCGGCUACGCGCUCGCCUGCGAGCACGAGCAUUCCAACUCGGCGCUCGUGGCCUCCGAGCGCUUCCGCAGCGAGGGCGAGUGGCGAACCUGGAUCGACUUCGAGCACUUUGCGGACGCCAUGGCUCGGCAGGAGCAGCUGACGGCUUUGGACUACACCAGGCCGACCCCUUCCUGGGCUUUGCUGGGCUCACCUGAUGAGGGCUUCGCGCCCACCGAGCAGCGGAAGCGUCGAGCGCGAGCGCGGCCCGUGUGGUCGGAGGAGAAGGAGCACUGGCGUGAGGCGAAGGCGAAGGGUUUCAGCUCGCGCACGGCACGAAGCCCGGGUUGCGCCGUUCGCGACGGGGUUCUGCCGCCGACGGGCGGCUCGGACGCGACACGAAAAGGACAGGGCCUGGACACCCACCGACCUCUUCACCCUGCUGGACUGGGCGGGAUGAGCCAUGAGCCCGACUGGAACUGCAAUGGUGGCAUUUGCGCUGAGGAGCUCAUGGCAGGCGUCCAGCUGAUGCGCUUGGACAACCUUCCAUGCCAGGAGGAGCUCCAGAGGCUGGCCACCUUGCUGGUGAGUCAAGACACUGGGCACAUCACGUCCUACGAGCUGCAACAGGUGCUUGCAAUCAUUGCCAAGCAGAAGCACAAGCUGGAACUUGCGGCGAACUUCUUCCUCAAAGCCGAUCAGGACAUGUCAGAAGUGGAAAGGAAUGCCAGCGUCUUCUUCAAGGAUCUUGUCAAGGUCAUGGAGAAGAAUUCCUGGACGCCCCGGAGGCUUUUCCAAGAAUUGAGCAAUGGAGGAAGUCAAGGUGCCACCAUCACCAAGGACAAGCUGGAGGAUAAGGCCAAAGUGCUGAUGCGUUUGCACUGUGGUCGCACUGCCGGCUUGGAAGUGGCCGAGCCCUUUGAGAUCUUGGAUUUGAAUGGGGACCGGCCUCCGGGAUGUGAUGGGGAUGGCGUCAUCGAGGAAGACGAAUUCUUGUGCAUCGUGGGGCAGGUCCUGAAGGCCUUGAAAGGCUUUGAGGACGCGCGGGGCCUCAAAGUCCCGGACGUCGGACCAGGCAGAACGACGAGGCAGCACCGGGAGGGCAAGCAGCGUCGGCAACUACAAGCUGCGGUCACGGCCGUGGCGAAGAGCUGGUCAGUGUCCACCGCCCGGGUGCGGCGGGCUCCGGGGAGGGGGUUCAGCUUGGCCUCCUUCAUCGAGUGCCUGCUCCUCAUAAGCUAUGAGGUCGUGGGGAUCCGGGGCACGCCCACACAAGCUCAGCAGCCCAGUAUCACCAAGGCCGUCUGGCUGAUCCUCUACUUGCGAUGGCAAUUUGAGACGAAGCUCAAGCAGGAGACCGCGCGAGUGGAGGAGGAGUUAGCCUGGGCCAGCCUCCUGGGCAUCUCUGAGAAGAGGUCGCUGAGCCGUUAUGCGCCGCCCUUGGAGCGUCUCUUCCAAAGGCCUCGCCUCUUUGAGGUGCACCGCGAGGCUUCCGAGCGUGCUGCGCAGGACGUGGAGUGCAGUGGAUGUGGUCGAACGGCACACCUCGGGAGGAGUGUGACCUGUCCCCAGUGCUCCGACUUGGCGGACGUGGCGCUGAAGGCAUGUUGGAAAAGCCACAAGGCGUGUGCUGGCCAACGCGUAAGCCUCAUCAAGUCCUUGCUGUUGCUGCGGCCGCCCCGUGUGGAUGAAGCUCGAGAUGAAGAGAUAUUGAGUUAG